GUCAGUUUAUCUAGUUUAGUUCAGUCUCGAAGAUUGUUGUUAACUUAGAGCAGAAGAUAUUUUAGUUUAUUUUUUUCAAAUUCUUCCAUUCAUCAUCAAAGAUUUUAUUCCUCUUUCAUUGAUCAAAUUUGAUACCAUUGUUUGGCCCGGUUGCACAAAAUCCGGUUGAAUUUUAACCGUGAUUAACUUCACUAGAACCAAUCGGAGAAGGCUUUUUUGAAAAGACCGCUUCUCUGAUUGGUUCUUGAGGAAUUAAUCAUGCUGGUUAAAAUUCAACAGGCUUUUGUGCAACCGACACUUCAAGUCGAAUAGCUUGGGAUAACAGUUUUUAUCUUCUAUUACAAUUAUCUGUUAUCUGUUGAGAGAGAAUUAGUUGAAACGAAAUAUUAUCUGCAAUUUGAUAAAGUGCUUGACAUUUUUGCAAUUCAUUCAAGUUCUUUGUUAGACAGAUUUUUCAAAUUAGUCUCAACUUCGUUAUCCGAUUAUACAUGGUGUUGAAUUGACGCUUUUACUAAGUUUGAUAAAAUUUUUAUAUUCAGUGUUGAAUUAUUGUAGGUUUCACUGAUAAUUUAAUAAAUUUUUGUGUAAUAUCCUAAUACACACAGUGUUUAAUAUUGUGGGUUCUACUGUUAAUUUGAUAUGUUAUAACAAUCUUUUGAAUCAGUUUCAACAUUUGUGCUUCGAAGAUCUUCUGUGUCGUAUUAUUGAGGAAUAAUUCAUUGUGAAUUUGAUCAUUUUUUGUUACAUUAAUCCAUUUUUAGUCUCCAUUCAAUUGUGUGUUAAUUGGAGUUUUCAAACAGUCUACAAGAGCGUUAUAUCUAGAAAGAUACAAUUUGAUAAUCGAGGUGAUUAUAUGCAGCAAAGGAACUCAUACUAUGAUACCAGCUUCAGGGAAGAUCUUGCAGAGGUUACAAAUUCUAUAGGAAGGAUAUUGAAUUUCAGAAAAUAUUCAGGCGAGGAGUUCAGAUUCGAGAAGCCAUCCUACAAUGUGACAACCACAACUGACUUCAUAGGCCUGCUGACUGCUUUCAAAUUGGUCACCGCUCUUAAGAACACUGUACAAUAUGGCUUAUUGACUGAUGAUGGCUAUGUGAACCAAGUGUUUCGCCUAGGUCCGACCACUGGCCUACUCUAUUCGGACACCAAACUCAAAAAAGGCAUAUACAAAUUUGAAGUGACAGCUGAUAUCAUCGAUUUGCAGCUUCAUGCUACUGCAAAUGUUACUGUGAAUGUAACUCUCCCUUCUCCAAAAACAACAUCGACAUUCUAUAAAGCAUAUCCAUUACUAUAUUCCAACACGAAACUGUACCCGUUUAACUCCAUUGAAGAAGAGCCUGACUCAUCUCUAACAACGUCUCAGCAGCACAAAGACACUACAGAAAAUGAUGCAGGAUUCUUCUCCUAUAUUCCAUUCGAAUUUUCUAGAAAUGUUGAUGAAGACAGCCGUCCUUUCAGAAGUCUGUGGCGGGGCAUAAUCCAACACAAUUCAAGAUUCAAUGGGAUAUCAUCUGAUGAGGAAUUGUUGGAGAAGCAACUCGAUCCACAAUCUAAGAUUGAAUCAAUAUUAGGCCUACCCGAUGAUCGGUUCCGUUUUCAAAGAUUCAUUCCACCAGAAGCCUUUGCAGCCUCAGUAGAUGAAACAAUUCCUUCAACAUCGGUAGCGUCCAUCAAAAUCCACGAGGAAAGUCUUCUAGUAGACGGCGCGAUGUCUUCUUUCAUUUUGUUUGUGACCACUUUUGGUGUGGUCAUACUUUUGGGCAGUCUCGUUUAUUUCAUCUACAAAAGGAUUAAGAAAUGCGAAGAUUACUCCGUUGAAUACGAUGACAAUAUCAAAUAUGUUGACAGACCUAUAAAGAAAGAAAUUAUACUGAGAAGUGAUCUGAAAAGUCCCAACUUUCUCUGUGUCAGUGAGAUCAACCAGAAAAGGGUGACUGACUCCAUUGAAAUCACAAAAUCAAAACUCCAAAACCACACUCCCUCAGUGUUCACCAUUCAGAAGUGCUACGAGGACCAGAAGGCGGCUGCUGCUGCAGCCCAAGACGACGAAGACAUGUUCAUAGUUGACGUCACUCAGAUGAGCUCCCAUUCGCAGGAUUCAUCAGUCUACAACACAAUCACCCUGCAGUCAUUCACCAAUAACACGCCUGCUAUUACGGCGACCCUGAUUGGGGCCCCGCCCCCUGUAAGUAUUCUAUCGUCCAGCCGUAGGAGUUCCAUAGUUUCGAUGCGGAAAGAUGGACAGUCGAUGGGCAGCGAAGAAAUGGGUCCAAAUGGAGAGAUGCGAAGAAAAUCAGUGACUUUCAGUGAUAUCGUCGAACUCUAUCAGAUUAAAGGAGCUUGAUUGACUAGAUUUAACAGAGAAUAGAUCAAAAAUAUCAAGUGAAAAAACAUUUUCUCGAUUAAGUGAAUGUGAAAAAUGCUAGGAGUGGAAUGGAUUUAUCAAAAAAAUAGAUAUAGUUCUAGAUACAGUAUGGAAGAUAACUGACUAAGAAGCUCUAUCGAGAAUGAAUAAGUGAAUAGAACAUAUCCUAUGUAUUGUAAUUUAUCGUUCGAAUGUAAGGUGCAAUAGAGACAACAUGAAAAUAAUAAUUAUUAUUAAUAAUUUAUCUUUUCUUAUUCUUUGGAGGAUUUGACUUUGAGAUUCUAUUGAUAAAGAAAUCAUUUUAAGUGAAAAACAAUACUUGAAUGAGUGAAUAAACCAAAUGAAAGGAUAAUACAUAAAGUAAAUUACUUUUGACUAUUUCUACCAAAAAGUAGGAAAUUCUCAAGUAAGAAAGACAUGAGUCUAAUAGACGAGUUUAAUAUAAUAAUAAUCAUAGUA